AUGCAGGCGGCCAAAGUCGACGACGCACUGCGCCAUGCCCUUCAAGGCACAUGUGGGUGUCUGGCUCUAGGGACUGUCAUCUCGAGCGUUCGCAGCCGCCGGUUGAAGCCCCCCCCGUCAGUGUUUGUAGCACUGGGCGUCGGCUGUGGCUUCUUUCGCUACAUCAAUGGAUGGCGAAGCAAAGGCGACGGCAAGAGCAAGUUGGCUGCCUGGGUGGCCUCUCUCGUCUUGUUUCAACUGUGUUCACAUCAACACAAGCACGUUCUCUUGUCGUAUGCAUGCGUCGAGACCAUAGUCCAGCUCUACGCGACCUCGUCGCUCGUUCAAUCCACGUUGGCGCCAACGUUUCGCUGGCUCGUGGAACAGUGCGCAUCGAUGGUGGUCACAGCCAGACUCGUCCACACCAACCUCGUCCAUCCCGAGUGGAUGCUUCCCGCGCAUUUGGCUAUGAUGGACCACCAGUCGUCCCUCUCUCCUUCCCGCCUCGACGCCAUCCGACAGAACCUCCACACGUCUGCCACGUCACGAUGUGCCAGUUUGCAUCCGAAUCGCACUUGCGCCACCUUUGCAUAUGCCACAUGCAGGAAGCUCCUUAAGCGUAGCGCUCACAUCUUCGUGCCUUUGCAUGGCUUGUCGCUAUGUCUUUCCGUGGGCAUGAAUCGACCAGUAUCGCUACGUCGCACGGCAACCAGCCUCGCGCGGUCCCUCGCGUUUAUGACAUCCAGCUACAUGCUAGCCUACUCCACCUUUUGUCUCCUCCCUCCACAUAACGACCUGGCCAUGAUCCGGCUUACAUCACUAACUCCGUUCCUGGCGCAAUACCUGGAACCCCCGCCCCGACGCGCGUCUAUCGUCAAAGCCGUGGCUUGCUACAGCCUCCUGUCAGUGUACUUUCAACUAUCGGCAAAGUACCUUGUCGUGUCCAAGCGCACGGGGACGCGACUGGCCGCCGUUCUCUUUGCCACGUGUAUGACGUAUCUUCUGCAGCAUCCAGAGCGACACUCGAGGUGGGCCAUGGAGUACCUCUAUGGGCCCAAGCUGUCGACCAAAUCCAAGGACAACGACGUGGAUGCUGACAUGGCAUAGUAAGGACUUGUAGUAAUAUUAACGUAAAAAACCAG